AUUACAGAUUUUUGGAAACGAGGUUGCUGGAUGAAUAUUGACAAUGCAAUAUUUCAUUCGAGCUAACUUCAGAGAAGAAAACCUUGAAAACAUGAUUGUUUGUAGCGUUUUCCAUGGAUCAACGGAUCCUUUGCCAUGUUGUUUUAAUGACAUUUGCAAUCACCGAGGACUCUAGCUGUUCGUUUUAUCACGACCAUUGGAUAUUUUUGUCUGGAAAAGGUAGAAACUGAUCGAUAUAUUUUUGAUCGUGUACGGGAGGAUCAUUUUCUACAGGAGGCACACGGCUCUUCCAGCGGAAGGCUGUAGCAUCAAUAGCCCGUAAUUGCUCCGAACGCUGCCGUGCGAAGAAGCUAGAGGGGAGUGGUUAGCCGUGGUUCUGCGGCUUUUUCGUCUCCUCGCAAUAAACAAACAAUCAUGAUUUGAUUACCAUCUUUUAAUAAAUCUUACAACAUUUUCGAAAAUUUUUGGUUUCUUCCAAGUAGGUCAUAACUUGGUAGAAAUUAUGGAGAGUCCUCCCAGCUCUCCAUCUGCCCGAUCUUAUGAUUAUUUGCUGAAGUUUCUCCUUGUUGGCGACAGCGAUGUUGGGAAAGGUGAAAUCAUGGGAAGGCUUGAUGACAGCGACAGUGAACCUGGAUCACCAUAUUAUGGCAAUAUUGCCACAGGCAUUGAUCACAAGACGACAACCAUAUUAUUGGAUGGCAAGAGGGUGAAAUUACAACUAUGGGAUACAUCAGGCCAAGGUAGAUUCUGUACCAUCCUCAGAUCCUACUCACGUGGCGCUCAGGGCAUUCUACUGGUCUAUGACAUCACAAACAGGUGGUCCUUUGAUGGCAUAGCAAGGUGGAUCAGAGAAAUCGAUGAGCAUGCACCAGGGGUUCCCAAGAUCCUGGUUGGCAAUCGUCUUCAUCUUGCCUUCAAGCGUCAGGUUAGCGGUGAGGAGGCCCAGGAGUACGCAAUCAGGAAUGACAUGGCAUACUUUGAGGUCAGCCCACUAUGCGAUUUCAACGUGACAGAGUCGCUGACGGAACUCUCGCGUCUGGUGCUCAAGCGUAACGGCAUGGAGAGGUUAUGGAGGACAAAUAAAGUGUUGAGUCUGCAGGACUUCUGCUGCCGGACGAUUGUUAACUGUACUUCCACCUACUCCAUAGACAAACUACCCAUCCCUAUGACCCUUCGAUCACGGCUCAAGUCCUUCGCGGAUGCCAAUCACAUGCACAGAUACAUGCUGCCCCCGCCAGACAUCCGCUCCAAGAAGCGCAGGACGAUACUUAACGCUCAGGACCCGCCGUAUUCAGCGCGAAAGAGCUGCAUAGUGUCAUGACAACGGGGUUGCCAGUGGCUCAGCAGAUUCGGUGCCCGGCGCCACUGGACAAAAUGAACGUUAUUGAGACGAAACACUUCCUUUGGUUGUGGGAAGAGCGCCAUCCAGUUUUAUAUACUCACUGCAAUAUUGUUCUAUGAGUAAACCUAUUCCAACUUUUUGCCAUUGGAAUUUAUCCUUGCAUUUUUGUAUUAGCUUUUAUAGAAAUUUUGUGUCCAUUGAUUAUUUGAGAAUGAAUAUUGGUGAAUUUGUGUUUUUGUAGUCGACCUCCUGCAUACUGUAAAUGUUAAUGCAUUUUUACAUUGGAAAAAUUUGUGAUACAGUAUUGUUAUUCCUCUUUUAUUCUAUCCUUCCUAUUUCAGACUAUGUCUUUGGUACUAGUUGUGACUUUUACCUUGACAAUCUUUCACUAUAUGAGAAAAACUCAAUAUAAUGCAUACAAACAACAAAUGCUCUUAAAAUUGUAUGCUUUUCCUGACAUAGCAAUUUGUAUUGUACAAAGUGUGAUGAAGGAGAACUUUAACCACAUGAUAUAGCUGGUUUUAAUGAAAUAAGAAUAUAAUAGACUUUUUGUGAAAAUUUGACAAAAAAUCCAUCAAGGCAUAAAGACAAAGAAAAUUAUUUUCUCUGGAGAAUGAAUUAAUUACAUUGGUCGUUCCCUGCUGGUAUUCCUCAUCUGCAAGAAACCUUUUUUUUCUUCAAUUUUUGAAAUAGGAAUGGUUUGGCUUUAAACAAACUUAAAGACCAAAGCAAUUUUGGGUGUGAAAAAUAUAGGUUUUGAUAAAAUGAAUUUUAUAGAUUUCAUAGUCCAUGGUUACAUCACUUUUAUUUUCAUCCAUCAUUAUUUUAAAUAUCAAGUUAUAACAUGAUAUAGAAUAUGGUCAUCAUGAUAACUGCAUUUUUACAUUAUAGUAUCUAACAUCAAUGUGAAAAUGCUUGUCACAUUGUUAUGUUGUUACUACUUAAAUAUGCAAGCAAAUUGAACAGGGUUAUAUGUGAUAAGAAUUUUUGUAGACAUGACCUUUUUUUACAUUGGAUAUUGUAUUAUUUUUUUUAUGUAGCACAUGCAUGUAUCAUUUCUUCAUGCUUAUAUCAUUUACAAACCCAGGUAGUAACCUCCCCCCACCAAGUAACCUCCCCUUCCCCUCACCCAUUUCUCCUACCCCCAUCGUAAGCCCAAGACAAGGUAUUUUUCCAGUCCAUGUCAAACUCGUCUUGAGAAUUUUUUUUCAAUGAUAGCAGUGGAAUCUGUUUUCUGAUAAGGUUGAAAUACAGCUUCAUUUUAUGCCAAUUAUUUCAUUGGAAUCAUAGCAAUAGAGGCAGGUUUGAAUCAUUUUUAAUUUUAUGAUAUACAUCAGACAAUCUUUUUCACAUCUUUCUAAAGAGAAAAAAUAGCUUAAUCUUCAGUUUAUGCAGGAUAUAUGCUUCUUUCCAAUAGUCUUGCAUGAUAUGUUUAUAUCAGAUUUGCAUAAGGCUCUUUGCCUAAAAGUUAGAGCAGCAUCUUUCCCACAGGAAUCCCGCAAUCCUCUUUUCAUCACCAAUCCUCACAUUUCGUCAGAGUCAAUACAAUGGGUGAUUUCAAGUCCGAUGUUGGCGUUAGUUUUGGUGUUGGAAGCACAAUUUGGAUUGCUUCCCCUAGCUCUAAAACCUAUUCUGAGUUUGUAAAACUGAUCCAGGUCACAACUAGUGAGUGA